AUAAAACUUGCAUUUCCCUUUCACACGCGCUCCCUCUCUCGCUCCGACAAAAACCCUAGGCCUCGCCUCCUCGCCGCCGCCAACCGCCUCCUCGCCGCCGCCUUCCUCCUCCCGUCCAGCCGGUUCCAGCGCGCGAGAUUCUUCCGCGGGAGGAGGUGUUGCGGGUAGCUGGCGAUGGGGGCGGACCAGUGGUGCGAUGACAUGGAGCUGAACUUCAGCGACUCCCAUAUGUUCCGGCAGGUCCAGCACGUGCUGCAGUCCGUGCGGAUGGAUCCAUUUUUAAUUGAUCUAAGGGACAAAGACCACUAUGAUUUUCUGCUACUCGCUGUAGACCCUACCAAAAAGAGGAGUAAAGAUGAGAUGGCUGUGCUUGUUACGAUUUUAAAGGCACUGUCAGAAGCAGUAUCAAAGAUAGACGUCAUGUAUCAUCAUGCACUUCUGCACAAUAUAUUUACCACGUGCAUCUGGUACUUGGACCUUGACACAAGGGAUGCGCUUUUGCAUUUAAUAACCAGAUUGGCUGCUGUGGCAGACCAGUACCUCAGAGAAUGUUUGCAGAUGCUUGUGAAUAACUUCACUCCACCUGGACCAUAUGUUCCACUCAUGGAGCAGCCAAGAAUGCUUGCAAAGAAGAAAGAAAUCUACUCUCAGUUGCAUGAGACUUUGAAAAUGAUUUCUGACACUGUGCCCUUAGCAUCAAGGAUGUUAAAGGAUGUAUUAAACAGGAGUAUGCCAAAGUUAUUUGACAACAAAGCUAAAAUGCUAUCAUUUGUGGAGUGCAUGUUGGGUCUUGAUACUGACAGAUUGGGCGACCUAAUUGGAACCACAUUGUUCGAGAAAGUUGUGGAUCUACUUACGGAAUUGGAUGUUAAUAUAACAUGGGAAGAUAUUCUUCAAGAGGAACACAACAAAGGUAUAUUUGACAUGGAGCUUGAGGAUUUGGAUGAUGAUGAUGAUAACUUUGGACAAGAAGGAACAAAGGCCCUUUUUGGAGGAAAUGUAUGUGCUGAGAAACUUGAUGGCUUAAUGGUGGUUGUGUGCGAGCACCUCAAGUCGUGCAAUCGUGAUCGUCUAUUUAAGGAAUUUGGCAUUUUGAAGACUAUAUUUCGAAAAUCUGUGCUGAAGGUGCACAAAUCCAAAUUUGCCCAGUUUAUCAUGUUUUAUGCCUGUUCCCUGGAUCCUGAAAUCUGCGGUGUUGAUUUUGCUCUUUUUCUUACCGAUAUUUUUACUAAGAAGGAAGAUGAUCCAAUAGCUAGAAUGUCUGCAGUUUCAUAUGUUGGAAGCUAUCUGUCCCGGGCAAGGUUCAUUUCUGCAGAUACAGUUGUUGCUGUACUCAAAAGGUUAGUGGAAUGGUGCAUAGAUUAUAUUAAACGUGACAGGGACCCUGUGAACCAGGCAAAGGCAACCAAGCCUAAAGAUCAUCAAAUAUUUUACGCUAGCUGCCAGGCUGUGAUGUAUGUCCUUUGCUUUCGGUUGAGAUCUAUUAUGGACUACCCAAAUCUUAAAUCACAGCUUUUUCAAAUGCCAAUCGAGUCUAUUUUGAUGGACACACUGGAGCCUCUAAAGGUGUGCUUGCCCUCAAUAGUAAAUGAGUUCCUGAGACAGUCUAGGGCUGCCAGGUUGUUCAAUGCAUCUGUGGAUUUGCCACUUGAAGAUAUAGUUGAAUCUGAUUUAUCGAAGGCUUUUGGAGGACCAAAUAGGCUUGACAUGUUCUUCCCAUUUGAUCCAUAUCUGCUAAGAGAAUCUGACAGGUAUAUCCGUCCAAAUUUUGAGUUCUGGUCCUUGGUCAAGACAACAUACAGUGACGGUGAAGACGAUGAGCUUGGCGACCUUGACGCACCUGGAAUGAAUGUGGACAGCUUGGAUGACCAUGUUGAAAUAGAUUUGAACGAUGAUGAAGGCAUUGAGUAUUCGAUGAAUAAGAUGUCCAUAACGCCACACCGCUCUUUCUACCACCCAAUGGCUAUGAGCAGUGAUUCUGGGCUUAGCAUGCCUGCGAGGAUCAGGCCUUCAGUGAGCCCUCCAUCAUAGGGCCAUCACAAGAUCGUUUCAUUGUUACUGGCUCUUGACUGAAAACAAUGCUACGAAGUCGCAUGUGCCGAGGGGCAAGCAGAUACCGGAGCUCUCUCAUAGUUGGUAGUAGGGUUAAAAACCCAUUCUUUUGCAGUAUGUAGGUUACCAUUUGGGGUGAAAUGUAAAGUAUAUGUGUACCAGGGAACCGAGUGAAAGAUGGUUUUGCGAGUGUAUACUUGUAGGCAGCCCUCGGGGGGUGUAUGGUAAAGACAACCUGUUUCGGUGUAGAACAGUUGCUGAAAGUAUUAUCUUCAUUUAACUAGACUAGAUGGAACUUUAUACUGA